AAAAUUUCAUUUAUCUUUGUGGAUGUUAAGCUAUUAGGCCAAGUGCCUGGGUCCAAACUCGUGAUUGCUUCACAACUGCUAGCAGUAGGCCUACCCGCAUGUGGGACAGCUGGGGGUCCGUGUUCCAGUGCUUGUGUUCACUUGCAUCUGAAGCACCACACGAUGAGAGGCUGCUGUUAACGACAUGGCCUUUUAAGCACGCUUGAGUCUCACUGUCUGACGUUGUUGGUCGGAGAAAUUUUCCGGAAGCGCCUUUUUGUGAGUUCAAAAACUGUUCAGUUGUAGCUUUUUCUUGAUCUUUUGAAUACAUGAAUCGUAUCUUUUAAAUCUGUUCCUUUCAGGAAAGGUUUCCCUGUUGGCACUUUGAAAUCCACAGGACAGGGAAAAACACUGUAUCUUCACACACACAGCGCACACACAACACGUGAAGUGGGAAUGUGCGGCAGGCAUAUGUAUCAACUGACGAGAAUAAAACAAUCAUUCUGUGGGAACACCUUCUGACGGGUAGAAUGUAAUGCUUGAUUGUUAUCCACAGCAAUGACUAGAAAUGGCGCGGAGAGGCAGCGAGCAGCAAUGAAUCGAAUCGACGCAUGGGCAGCGGCCGUGUGUUGGCAGCACAGCCGCUGGUUCCCUCGACUCCGGUGCGGGCAUAAUUUUCUGAGAAGUACUCCAGUGGCCACAGCAGUGUCACAGUGAGCGUAGAAUUGGAUUACAUUAAGUGAAAAGUACUUUCACAAACAUGUUACUUUAUUUUUUUCAGCUUGUCCGCAAUAACAAAAUUAGGACGACCGUCUUCGUAUUACAUUCGCAUGUUCUGCGCAGGGUCCCUGGAAGCGCUGCCCCCUGUGAGGCCCCCGUAGCAGGCUGCAGUUGGUACCUGCCGGCCUCGCAGCCGUUGGCAGCACUGACUGCGUGCCACAGCCCUGCCGCUUCAGGCGUCUGUCGCAUUUGUAGCCAGUCGUGUCCAGUGUGACGUUCUGCGUUGGGAUUUCGUGCUGCUGCUGCUGCUGCGCCGAGAAUUUCUCCUGCUACACCCACACCCUUAAUAAGGCGGUCCGGCAGUGCCGACACAGACGUAGACGCCCUGCUGCAGCCGUUCCCUCGCCUGCCGCGCGAGCUGGCAACGCCGCCCCGUGACGUCAGCGCUGGGUGGGGCAGCCGGCUGUCUGUGCGGCCCAGUUGUGACGCAGCAGCCUGGAGGGAAGCGGCGUGCCACGUUGUCCUGCCUGCCCAGACAGAGCUCGUGUAUCUUGUGUCUCCACGGGAAUACCUCAGAAAGGACCACCCACCAUGUCGGCAGUUACGGAGGUUCAGAACACCACAACCGAGGCCCUGGCCGCCCUGCUAGACGGGGGUGACGGCGCCCUGGUGACGCUGGUGGCGGGCGAGACGAGGGUGGCGGCUCACAGGGCCGUGUUGGCAGCCGCGAGCCCCGUGUUCGCAGCGAUGUUCGCGCACGACAUGCUGGAGGCCAGCUGCGGCCAGGUGAGCAUCGACGACGUGGAGGGCCCGGUGCUGAGGCUCCUGGUGGCCUACACGUAUACCCUGCAGGCCCCCCAGCUGCCCGACACGGCCGCCCAGCUGCUCUCGGCGGCCGACAAAUACGGCUUGUCGGCCCUGAAGGCUGCCUGCGAGCGGCAGCUGAUCUCGCAGUUGGCCGUCGAGACCGCAGCGGCGACGGCCGUCACGGCAGUGAGGCACUCGUGCCCGGACGCCACCAGGGCUGCCGUCGCCUUCAUAAAGGACCACCUGCAGGUGAUGGCCACGCGGGGCUGGGCGGACGCUGUGCUCGAGUACCCGCAACAAGUCAUUGAAGUCAGCAGUAUGCUCGGUGAGCCACCUGCAGAAGCCUGCUCGCCGACCGCCACAGGGGGCGGGUCCACCCCCAACUCUGACUGUCAACCCCACAGCGGCCACAGCCGGUCUCCUGCUGCAGCUGCGCCUCCCACGUCUGCCCGACACACCCCUCCACCUGAUGACGCAGCCGUCUCUCGCUUCCGGAGCCUUUCUGAUGCACAGCGAGGCAGGAGGCUGAUAGAGGCGGCUAAGGAGGGGGCGGUGGAGGAGGUGCGGGCGUUGCUCGCGGCUGGGGCGGACGUGGGGGCGAGGGGCGAGGACGGGGAGACCGCCCUGCACUGGGCUGCAUGGAGUGGCCACGCGGCUGUGGUGCGGCUGCUGCUCUCUGCGGCGUCCGACCCCAACGCCAGGAGUCAUGGGGGGCAGACGCCGCUGCACGAUGCGGCACUGAAUGGCCACACAGAAGUGGCGGCUGCGUUGCUGCAGGCCGGAGCCGACAGGGGGGUGAGGACUAAUGACGGGAGGACCCCCGUGGACUACGCCGGGCUGUGCAACCAUCAAGAGAUCGUCGAGAUGCUAACACAGCAUUAAUACGUGCCAGUAGUACUUCAUUGUACAGGGUAUUAAAAUAAAAAA